AUGAUCUCACCCCUUUCAGCAGCUUCCAUACGGCGUAACCAACUGUCAGAGCUGACACCUACAGCCAACUAUCAGUCUCAACCUGCACGACGCCUCGGAACUGGUAUUUCUGCCGAUGACUCAGAAGAAAGACUCAAUCAAGACUUAAAGUUUCUCAAGCUUCUAUUUUCUCGCAUCAUUCCCGAACCCAAACAUGGUAAGAUUCCCAAAUGGUACGUAAAGUGGCUAAAUGGAAAAGAGACCCACCGCCAGACUGUGCUGCAACAUUGGAACAAAAAAAUGAAUCUGCCAGUAUCCGAGGGAGCUGCGACUGCACUCCUUGUUCUCACGUUGCGCCAUGAUAAAGUGAAAACAACUCUUAAUGUGAUAGUACUCUGCGAACGUGCACGCUCACAUGUCGAUGGAGCUCCGUAUGCUUGUCAGCGAGAUCAGAAGUUUCAAAUGAGUGAUAAGACAGCCCAAUUAAUCAUCUGGACAAUGCAAGCAGAGAUAUUAGACACUGCUACACAUGAGGCUAAGAUCUAG